GAAGAAGAAUUUUCGCGCACGUGUGUGAGUUUGUUCGCAGUUUGUUUGUUUUUCUGUCCUCGUGCUGCUGAAGAUGCCCAAGCGCUCCUGUCCGUUCAGCGAGAGCUUCUCCUCGCAGAGUAAAGUCCACGUUGGUCAGAAGGAGAUCAACAACCGCGGAGUUUUAGGACUCAAAUACAGACAAGAGAUUUAUGAAAAGACCAGAGAGCUGCUCUUCAGCGGGACUAAAGCCGUGAUGUCUCGUCUCUGGAGGACUGAUGCGGAGGAGAAGGAGGCUGAUGUGCUGGUGUCCAGUCAGACACUUCUCCGAGGACAGACACGCAUCGGUCCAGACGGACGAUUACAGAGAGCAGACGCUGCUCCAGGUGGUGCAGCGGCUCCUUCAGCGUGUUGUGUGUGUCAGAGGGUCUCGGGUUCGAGGAAGGCGUGCUCUCGGUGCGAGCGUCACGCGUGUGCAGCGUGUUUCCAACAGUGCAACAUCUGCUCUGAACGCUGCUGCUCCGUGUGCACCGUCACCGAUUACAGUGAGCGUUACGAGCGCGUCCUCUGCUGUGGAUGUUCGUCCUGAUGACCGUCACAAAGCCACACACGAGUUUUAAUGCAUUACCAAUGAAAUGUAAAUGAGAUUACGAUUUUAUAUAUGCUUGCAUGCUUUCUUGCUCUUUCCCUCUUUUUAUGUACGUACUCUUAUAAGUAUAGAAAUAAAAUCUUUGAUAGAAAUGUAA